UGACUAAAACCGCAUAUCUCAUAUCUCUGGAGGCUCCAGGCUGAGAAACGCGGAGCCACCUGACGACACCAAAAACAGGGCCCCGUGAUGGUGUAGUGAAUUUCUCCCUUCAACUUUGUAAACUUUGUACACCCCUCUUCCUCAUCAUUCUCAAUACCUAGGUACGACGAGGUACGAUGUGACCUAUUCGACCGACCUUUAAACUUUAUGUUUCUGUUGAAACUUUACACUGUUCAAUCAUCCGACCUUCCGGCCUUUAAACAGGGCAACGACGUGCUAAUAGCACAUGGAGAGCUACUCGACUAUAUGGGGAUUAUUUCGUAGUUUAUGGUCAGGUUGACCGAAGACUACUUCCUCAUCUAACUUUUCCCCUAUGACUCCUUCCUGAUCUUUCAAAUUUCCAAGUAUACUGUGUACAUUUCUAACUCUAAAUGUCUCCCUGUACUUUAUUUUGUUACCGUCGCCCUAUGUCACGCGCGACGUCGAUCCUCUUAAAUUCGCUCCCUCCUUCUUAAGAGAAACACCUCCAACCACCAGUCUUCCGCUUACACUCACCAUAUAAGGCGACUCUACUGGCACGAGCCCUCUCGCUUUUUUCAUAAGUAAGCAUGGGCUCGAUCAAUAAACAAAUCUCGCGCUACGAGACGACGGCAGUUUACACCCACCCAGACGCUAAAGUCGACAUCGUUCUUGUCCACGGCCUAAAUGGCGACCCGGAAAAAACGUGGUCGGCCAAAAACGGGGUAUUCUGGCCGUCCGAUCUACUCCCCACCUCUCUGAGGGACGCCCGCGCAAAUAUUCUCGUGUAUGGAUAUAACGCCGAUGUAUAUUCGAAGAAACAUGGGUCGAACCCAAGUGACAACUUCAUAUAUAUGCACGCGCAGACCUUGGUGACAUCCCUUACACAUUAUCGGAAAGAUGAGUUGUCGUCGCAUAACCCAAUCAUAUGGGUGUGUCACAGCUUGGGUGGAAUCUUGGUUAAGCGCGCACUGUUAUACUCGAACGACUUGAGAGCUUCUCAACAUGAGGACUAUCGAUCAAUCUACGUGUCUACAUAUGGACUUAUAUUCCUUGGCACCCCGCAUACGGGUUCUGAAAUAGCGGGAUGGGGUACCAUGUUACAAGGCAUGUCAGAUGCCGUAGUGCCUAGGACGUUCUUUCAGUCCGAGUCGGUACUACUGAAGACGCUCAAGAGGGAUAAUGAAACGUUGCAAAAUAUCAAUAACCAUUUCCUCGAUAUAUAUCAGCGAUUCAAAAUUCUCAUGGCGCACGAAAACCACAAGACGGAUAUGAAAGGGACCAGGAUGCUCAUAGUCGAUGCACAAUCAGCCGGCCCCCAACUUCCGGGCGUGACAUACUAUGCUAUCGAAGCAACUCACUCUGGCAUGUGUAAAUUUGAAAGUAGGAAUGCACCGGGGUAUAGAACUAUAGCUACGGCUAUAAGGGAAUGGGUUGUCGACGCGCCGGACGUUAUCGCCACCCGAUGGAGAGUAGAGGAUGAUGAAAAAUUGGCAAGGGCUAAACACGAAAUUGAAGAGAGAAUGAAGCCGUGGCUUGAUUCGCAACGCAUCCAGCAGACUGGCCAAGGAUCCAUUCCACAGCAUAAUGAUACUACCUUAUCUUCACCCCAAGAUACUUCGCGAAUCGAUCAUCAAUCUAGACCGCUCCUCACCGGCCCAGAAACUCCUAACCAGCCGUCGGAAGAGGAUUAUUUCCCAUCUCAGCAGUCUAAAUCUGAUCAUGACCCAUCUCAGGAACCUCUUUUUGUUAAACCAACGGUAUUUCGCCCCAACACGUACUUCAAAGGCCGGGACAAAGAACUGAAAUUACUGCACAAAAUGUUAAUGGACCGUAAGAGAAGGUCCGUAGGAACAUCGUCUGUUCUAAUUCAGAGUAUGCCUGGCGGAGGCAAAACUCAUUUAGCACGACAGUAUGUCUUCCAACACCGAUACGACUACCAAGGCGGCAUCUUCUGGAUUCGGGCGAAAUCUUUAGAGGAAUUGGACUACGGCUACUGGGACAUUGCUAAGACAGUAGGCCUCAGCGAUAUGGCACCGCUAAAUCCAAAUGGGAGUGUUGAUACCCAUGAAAUGGUGAAGGCCGUUCAAGCGUGGCUAAGUAGCCAAACUGACUGGUUACUCAUCUUAGAUGGUGUUCAUUUUGACCUUCCAGAUCUCCAGCAUUACAUUCCUUUCGCGAAGAAUACAAGCAUUAUCUACACGUCAACCGAGCGAACUCCUGGCGAGGACUACCAAUUUGAUAACCCUCAAGUCAUCGCUCUAGACUCGUUAACUAAGCAGGAAGCUCAAGAAUUACUAUUUGAGGAGAUGGGGAAGAAGAAACCAUAUACGCAAGACGACCUGAGGCGUGCAGAGGAGCUAGUGGAACUGAUGGAUCGUCUACCUCUCAUGAUUCAUGUUGCGGCCCUGAACCUGAAGGCUACGAGAGAGCCACUUGCGAAGUACCUAAGGUCGUUCCGAAGUCGUCCGAAGGUAGGUAACCUUCCGGCGUACCGUGCCGUUCGUGAACAACUAGAACAUAGAGGAGCCAGUGCUGCACUAAAUUUGAUGGCUUUACUCUCUUUCUUCGGCACACAUAUCCCCGUCGAGAUGAUAGUAUUAGGUGCCAAAGCUUUGGACAAGAGAACUCCUGUUAAAUCGGUCGACGCCGAGACUCGGAGGUCUUCUUUGAAUAAUACAUUCAAGAUACUUAUCGCUUUUGCUCUCGUUGAACGGAAUGAGAACAACGAAGCCUCGUCGGCUAGUUCACGUAGUACGAGAAGUGUCGACAUGGGUCAGGACAGCCUUGACAUACUCAGGGUUCACGGAAUUGUUCAAGCAUUCUUCAUCGAUGUCCUUGCUGACGAUAGACAAGCUCAUUUCUGGCUAGAGCGAGCGAUCUGUCUUUUCUGCAAAGCCUUUGACGUGAGCGACCAUCGAGUUGAUGAAGAUCCCCUAACGGGAGUGCCUGAGGAUUUCCGAAGGCUCCUCAUUCAUGGCGAACGGCUACUGGCUCAUAUUAGUCGAUUUGAGAGAAGAUAUCCCGAACUCGCCGAAUGUCGGGGAUGCAUAGAAUUGCGUCUGGGUACUAUUAACAAGCGAAUCGAUCAACUCACUAAACGGAUUACGGAAGCAUCUAGCCAAGGUUCCGGGGCAGUGAUUAUCUCUGUUUUCGAACGAACUAACAGUUUAUCCGAGGGCGACUCAGAGACGCCCCCGAGCAACAGCAGCAUAGUUGAACCGUACAUGCUAUAUGAUGAAAGUUCUCCAAUAGAAUCACCUGCGAUAUAUAGCCCCCUGGAUCAUCACAACCCAUACCAUUGGCACGUUACUUUCCCACACAAUACAUCCCAAGAUGACGUGGAUUAUUCAAGGACGGUUACGCCUCAAGCAGCACCCACGGAAGUUUUCGAAUCAAUGUCCAUGCCAGAUGAUGAUGAAAUUACUCGCAGGGUUUUUGGUCCUAACCAUCGAACUAUUAAGAAGCAUGCCUCAAGACGCUACCGCGACCGCGCUGGUUCUUGGAGAGCCGCGUCUCAGAUACUCAGCGAUCCCCGCGUCAGUAUCAGUCGUGAGACAGCAAGGGGCAUCAUCAACCCAACGACGCUUCAGCAGGUGUUAUCAAGACCACGCUCUUCUACUGAUAGUAUGUCGUCGGAGGCCACCAAAGCACAGUUGACAUUGGACAAGAUCAAUAAGGGAUCCCCUUCAUUACAACCAAGAAGUGUUGACAGUAAUAUCGAUGCUAUGAGUGACAGUAUCUUAACCAUACGUCCGAGGCUGGUAGCCGGGAGACCAUCAUACGCCGAUCCAAAGGCCGAAGCUACAAUUGACGAUUAUCCAAUCUCGACCACGUUCUCUAGCCCCGCUCCAUCCCCAGACUCUGCCGCGUUAACAAUCCUAAAGCGGAGGGAAAAUGACCACUCUGUAUCACUGGAAGGUCUUACCCCGAUUAAAGUGUCCAGUCCCUUGUCUGCGACUCCGCUCACUACUACAUCACUGCCUUCGCCACCAUCACCAAGCCCGCCAGUGACACAGCAGCCGUCGUUCCCGGAAGUUAAUAAGACUGAGAACAUACUCAAACCACCCUCAAUACCUUCAAGGUCGCUGUCGAAUUCACCUCUAGGCCGAGUUUCAAAACCGCCUUCAAGACCGACAUCUGUGGUCCUUUCGCGGUCUGCUCAGUCUAGCCCGGCACAUCCCUCUGGCCCAUUCUCACCGCCACCUAUCCCCAUUGAAAUAAACACCAGUAGCAGCCUCCGCUCGCCUCCUUCUCCCGGUGCUCACCAAUGGGACUCGCACGCUCGACUUUCGCAACAAUACAUAGCUGAAGACAACGAAUACCCGUCUCUCGCACACUCACUCCCAUCAAUCCGCCCACACACCAACCUCCCUUAUCCACAUACAGUCCAUGGUCCACCCGAUGAUCUUCUCGCAUCGGAGCCCCCGGCUCCAUGGGUAGCCUCCACGUCUCCGAACUUACACCCUCAAGGCUACUCUAGCCAGCCCAUGUCUCGAGACCAGAGUCACCAGUCUGGCCACAGCUACGGCUCCAACAACUCCCUCUCCGCACACAACGCCUCUUCAAUCGGUCAGCUGAGCUCCUCUCCCGGCUCACAGAUCAUGCAGCGACCGCGCUCUCGCCGCCCAAGCGUUGUGGAGACGGAGCCUAGUCCAAGAAUCCCAGCCCUCGACCUCGAGCCCAUCAAUACUAGCUACUCACUAUAUAUGGACUCAAGCCGUGGUCGCAGACGCGCCACCUCAGGCCACGCAUCUCGCGCUGAAGGAGCACGGCUAUUGUCGAGGUUCAGGCCUAAGAGGCGUGUCAGCGACGACAUAGGCGAUGGUAGAAGACAUCGGUCUGCUAACGGACGACUGGGCCAUUUUACUCUAACUAGAGGCUCGAGGGUAGCAGUCGAAGAGGCAAAUGGUGCGGAACCGAUGGCAAGAUCCGGGUCCGGUGGGAUACGGCUCGCGGAUGGACGGGUUGUGGAGUUCGGAUCUGGGGCUCCGCCCACAAGCGAAAGUGUUGUUAUGCCUGGAUCGGAACAUGUUGGUGAGGCUAAUGGGAGACCCGUUUCUUCCGUUAGUCCGCCGACAAGACAUUCAAGAUUUAGUCCGCAGAGACUUAGUAGGAGGGGUAGGACCGGGAGCGGGAGCGGAAGCGGAAGUGGAAGUGUACGCCGCAAGAGAGAUAGCCAAGUUUCUCCCGACGUGGGGUUGGGAAUCCAGCAACCGCCAAGACGGUCUUCGUGAUCUUCCCAGGCUCUCUUACUCGGUAUCUUGGGGCUUAGGCUCCGUACAUAAUCCGCCAAGUUGAUACAGAGGAACAUCCCUAUUCAUUCGCUACUCACACCCGGGACUAGUCAAAUGCACAUAUUCACAAAUUGGGACGUCGAAGUUACGGUUACGGAUUCCAUGCAUAUCAGGUUUUGGAAAAAGAAACAAAAAACGACAUUUGAAAUUUGGGGCUCUGCAUAGCUUAAGGUGUUUGCAUACUAUACACAGCAUUGCGAUGGUUGUUGAGAGAUUAGGUGUGGGAGGAGAUACCACGAUUGAUUGAUUCAUUUUUGGCGACGCUUUUGGUGGUUUGGUUUUUUGGUAGUCUGUAUGUAUUUGGAAGUGUGGAAGUGUGUACGAUACGAUGCGAUUCAUGAUUUUGGUGGUACACGGCAGGUAAAUAUGGAUGCUGUGUUUAUUACAAGAUAGGAAAUUUGAUUAUUACCAUUUAA